AUCUCCUGAAAGAUAAAGUCUAUGAGUGCAAAGAACAAACAAGUGAUUCAUUUUAAUGGAUUCCUUUUCAGAGAAGGAUAACCUGUAAUUUCUCUUAGGUGUGUUUGAUUGUCCCAUUGUGGUGUGAAUCACAGACUUGCCCAAGCCUCUAAACUCUAGGCUGCUUGACAAUUCUCAGAUUGUCUUUGGACAUCAGAAGGUAUAUACCAGGGCCUUUGGUACAACCUUUGAAGAAUGGAGAGAAUGGAUCACAGCCUUCCAAAGUGAAAAACUGAGGGGAGAGUCAAUUCAGACCCCCCACAAUGGUGGAACAGGAUGUUUGGGGGAAUGUGGUAGGGAGUUCAGGGCUGACUGUCUUGCUGAGUGAUCUGCUGUUCUGCUGACUCCCCUGGAGAUUAAAAAAGUUGUUGGUUCAGUUCCAGCCCUUGGAGAAGCUGCCAUUCCAGAUGACUGGGUGCUUAUGCCCUUGAAGGAAACUAUGCUGCAGGCACACAGGUAACGAGGUGAAGAGAUUCAUGUUUGAAAAUGCUAUCUUCAGUGACCACAUUCUGCUGUUUAUUGUUAUUUUUGACCACAGAGUGCUACCACCAGAGACCAAAGCUCCGUCCAAAAGUUGAUGACACAAUUCAAGGUUUGAAAGAAAAACUAAAGACCAGGAACUUCAAAGGACAAUGCCAGGGCAUCUGUAUGAAUGGCUCCCACUGUCACCAGUCCUGUGAGAAGCCCUUUCAUGGAGAAAUAGGAUUCAUGUGUAGUAACAAAAAGUGGCAAAAAUCCAUUGAAACAUGCACAAGUCUUACUGUCCAGACACUUUUUCAGACAACGGAGACCUCUGAAAUUUCAACAUCUCAGCCAAGCUUAAGUGGUGGUUCACGAUUUUCUUUAAAUUCACCCUCGGAGCUCAGUUAUGAAGAGCCCAUUGAAUCAGCAGCUCAAGGCAUCCGGAUGAAGUGUCCAGAUGAUUAUGCCUGUAUUAUCAAUGGUGUAAAGUCUUCAGAAGCUACAUCUGGAAAUAUUGCCUUCAUAGUCGAGUUGCUGAAAAACAUAUCCAUGCAACUGUCUGAAAAUGUCAACUGGAGGAAGAUGCAGAGUUUCAGCUCAGUGGCUAACCAUGUCCUCAACAGAUCAGUUGUUUCUAAUUGGGCCUUCAUUCCUCAGAGAAAUGCUAGUUCCAUUUUGCUACAGUCAGUGAAUUCAUUUGCCAAGAAUCUCAAAAUCCAUGAUGAGCCUGAGAAUACCGUGCAUGAGCCCUUUAUUCAGACCAAAGGUGUUAGAAUCAGCCACAAAACCCAAGAGAAGAGUUUCAAUUUCUCUAUGAGGGUGACUGAGAAUGAGGAUGUCCAGGGGAUAGUGUUCAUCCCUUGGAAAGAGCUGCAGAAGCUCCCAGAUCCCUCCCCAGCCAUUAGUAUCGCUUUCCCAACCCUUGGAGCCAUUUUAGAAGAAGCUCAUUUGCAAAAUGAGAGCUUUGGCAGACAGGUGAACGGACUAAUUCUCUCCGUGAUCCUGCCAGAAAAACUGAAGCAAGUCUUGUUCACUUUUGAGAAGAUCAAUAAAUCCCCGGGUGCCAAAGCUCAGUGUGUAGCCUGGCACUCUUGGAAGAGGAAAUGGGUUGAGGAGGCCUGUGAAACAACGGUGGAUGCUAAGGAUAAAGCCACUUGCCGCUGCAACUACACCAGUUUCCUGAUGUCCUUCUCCAUUCUGAUGUCCCCUAAGACUUUAGUCAAUAAAACCCUGGAUUACAUUACUUGCAUUGGCCUCAGCAUCUCCAUCUUAAGCCUUAUUCUGUGUCUGAUGAUUGAAAUCACAGUGUGGUCCCAGGUGACAGCGACAGAGAUCUCCUACAUGCGCCAUGUGUGUAUCGUGAACAUAGCCACCUCUCUACUGAUCGCCAACGUGUGGUUCAUCGUCGCAUCUUUCUUUGAUGGCGCGGCAUGGAGUUAUAGCUGGUGUGUAGCAGUGACGUUCUUUAAUCACUACUUCUACCUGUCCCUCUUUUUCUGGAUGCUGAUAAAAGCCCUCCUCAUCCUCUAUGGAAUACUCAUCGUGUUCCGCCGCAUGAUGAAGUCUGCUAUGAUGGCCACAGCCUUUUCAGUUGGCUAUGGGUGUCCUCUGAUCAUUGCCGCCAUUACAGUUGCUGUCACAGAACCCAGAAAAGCAUAUGUGCGAACCCAGGCCUGCUGGCUCAACUGGGACAACUCCAGAGCUCUUCUUGCCUUUGUCAUCCCUGCCCUGACCAUAGUGGCAGUGAAUCUGAUUGUGGUUUUUGUUGUGGCUAUCAACACUCGAAGGCCUUCUAUUGGAAGUCCCAAGUCUCAGGAUAUGGUGACUAUUAUGAGGAUCAGUAAGAAUGUGGCUAUCCUCACCCCACUGUUGGGACUGACCUGGGGUUUUGGGAUAGCCACCCUAAUAGGAAGUAGUUCCUUGGUGUUCCACAUUAUCUUCUCCUUACUCAAUGCUUUUCAGGGGUUCUUCAUUUUGCUGUUUGGAACCAUUCUGGAUCAAAAGACAAGAGAAGCCUUGAAAGUAAGGAUGUUAUCCCUGAAGGGGAAGUCAAGGACAGACGAGAAUUCAAAAUAUAAUCCUAACCAUGGAUCUAAAUUAGUGGCUCGUUCAGGAUGAAAAGUCUGCUUCCAGGGAAGAAAUGUUUGGAAAGAAGGUUGAAGAGAAAAUGGGGUUUAUGACUUUCCUUCCAAUCCUUCUUUCUCCACUGAAUGGAAACCAGGACCAAUCAUGAGGGAUAAGACAGGAAGAUGUCUGACUAAAGGACUUUUUGCAGAGCCUAUGACUGAUCUAUGUCAUUCUGAAGCCUGUUUGGACUUUGUAGAGACUAUGAGUUUGCCUGAAAGUUGCUGUGCUCCCCUUAGGGGAGGAGGAAUCCUCUUGGUUUGGCUUUUCUUGCCAGUUUGAUGUUUGGCUUGAGGAAAUAGUGCUUUCCUCCCCAUGCAUGAAUCCUGAACUCCCCUCAGGUGAAUAGGACCAGUUGAGGAAUAUAGAAUCUACUUUGGGGAAAAUGAGUCUAAGGUGAUUUCUGACAAGGAAGAUACCCCUAGUUUUGUCAAUUCUUGAUCCUUUGAAGAAGGCACUCUUGGGAUCUUAUUUUCCUCACUUCUGAAAUGGGGUAAAUAAUAUGAGAAGGUGCUUACAUGGGCAUAUGUAUCUAUGUGCAUCCAUAUAAAUCAGUGUAUAAAGUGUGUAUAAAAGAUGCCAUUGUUGUUUGUUCUAUAUUAAGAAUAAAGAAGUCUCCCUUUCUUGAA